AUGCCGACCCAAAAACCAACGGCAAUUCUGAUUGUCCACGGAGCCUUCUUCCUCCCCUCGAGCUGGCAACCCCUCGUCAACGACUUCACCAACUCCCAAUACACAGUUCGAUGCCCGCGCCUCCCUAGUUGCGGCGACGAACGGCCCCCAAAGGCAACCCGAAACGAUGACGUCGCCGCCGUACGCACAGCGGCCAAACAACUCAUCGAGGCCGGCCACAACAUCCUCGUCCUGGCCCAUUCCUACGGUGGAAUGGUCACCUGCGACGCAAUAACCGAAGACCUAUACGCCUCCACCAAAAGCAAUGGCAUCGUCUCCCUCGUGUUGCUGAGCGCCUGGCUAAUCCAGCCGGGUAACAAAUUUGAAGAUGUUAUCGAGAAAUACGGUCACCAGAGCGAAGUAGAUCUGGGCAGUAACGAGGACGGAACUUUCUUUGCGAAGAAUGCGCCCGCUUCGUUUUAUAAUGAUAUCGAUCCCUUAGAAGCGCAGGAACUGGCCAAGGCGAAUGUCACGCAUAACCUGUUCGCUGCGUCUGGGGCUAUUACUUACGCGCCGUGGAAAGAUUUAUCGACCAUGUAUGUGUUUUGUACGCGGGAUUUGGCUAUUAUGUUGCCUUUACAGCGGAGUAUGGUUCAGGAUGCUGUGGAUGCGGGUGGAAAGGGCGGGUUUGUUACUGAGGAGAUUGACUCGGGGCAUUGUCCUUUUUUGAGUAAGCCAGAGGAGGUGAUUCGAGUUGUGAAUAAGGCUCUGGGUGGGUUUGAGUGA